AUGGAGUUUUCGUCUCAAGACUACGCUUCUAACACUUAUUCAAACGCCAGGCCAACGUAUCCUGUGGCGUUUUUCAAACAACUCAGUGAAUUCCACCAAGGCAAGCGUGAUGUACUCAUUGAUGUUGGAUGUGGGCCUGGAAACUUCACACUCGAACUCGCCAAAAACCUCCAGUUCCGACAGGUCUACGGUACCGAUAUGUCUCCAGGUAUGAUUGACGCUGCGCUCCAAAAGCUUGCAGCUUGCGGCGGCCAAAGCUCUGGAAAAAAUGUGCAGUUCAGCGUUCACGCUGCAGAGGACCUGGACUGGAUAGCGGCCAACACCGCAGAUAUGGUGACGGCAGCACAAUGUUGCCAUUGGUUAGAUUUCCGCGCUUUCGAAUCCGCCGUUUUCCAAGCGCUUAGAGACCGUGGUACCAUCGCGAUAUGGGGGUACGUGGAUCCGUCUUUCACAGAUUUCCCGGAUCUCGAUGAUGCCAUAUCCGAACUACAGUACGGGGCAGACCAAUUGGGGUCCUACUGGGAGAACCCUGGCCGGGAAAUUCUACGCAAUCUCUUGGAGUCUCAGAAACUCGAUCCUAAACGUUUUGACGAUAUCACCGAGGUCCAGUAUCGCUCUCGUGAUGCUCAAAACCCAGUUUACUCUCAAAAACCUCUGAGAAUCGACCGAUCCAUGACCGUGGCCGAAUUCGAGGACUAUAUCGGGAGCUGGAGCGCUUACAACGCUUGGAAACGCGCUAACAAGACACAACCAGAUGUCCGAGAUAUUUUCAUCAACAGAGUAAAGGCCCGUGCGUGCUUGCAACCUCAAUCCCUCAUUAAUGUCACUUGGAACACAGUAUACAAGUUUGCCCGCAAGAAAUGCUGA